AUGACGAAACAGGUUCGUUUUCUCCGUAGCUUGAUCUGGUCUAGAUUAUCUCAUUCGGUUCCUCUAAACGAGAUUCUUCACUGGCUUGCUACAAUUGAUAACUCCGACGCGGACGCAAAUUAUGUUAUAUCCUAUGAUUUCUACAAUGUAGGAGAUGAAGCUAGUAUCAUACCUUUUCCUGACAUCCAACAAUACCAAGGCACUCGGCGUUUCAAGAGAACAAUCACAACCUCUGCUGGAUCUGUGGUGUAUUGCAACGCUUUCGGUGAUAAUAAUAAUGUAGUAGAACGUACAGUCAGGGUUUGGAGGCUGGUCUCUACUCAUGAGCAUCCUAAUUCAUGGCAACUCUUAUGGCAAGUCAUGACCAGCGACAAGGAUGGUGUUGAGUAUUUCCCAAUGGUGAUGCAUCCUCUCAACUCUCAUAUCAUGUACUGUUGGAGUUGUAACACCAACUCUCUGCUCUUGUUUAACUUGAGGGAAAGCAAGUGUAGUCUUCACAAGGAGGUAAAGAGGACGUACAAGUCUAUGGAUGGUUGUAUCAUGAGAAUUAGUGAUUGCAAGGAGUAUAUGGACUCCAUCUCUCCAAAGUUGGUCAAUAAUAUGUAUGCUAGUAAUCACCAUCUCUUCUUUUCGCAGUUCGUGCUCCCACGCUGGUUCAACCCGCUCCCUCAGCUUAUUUCUUGA